AUGGAUACACAUCAGUUGAAGUUGCUUAAGAAUAGUGUUAUAGGAGAUGUAGUACAAAAGAAGCAGCUUUCUGAGAGUAAAGGCCAAGUGGAAUCAUUGAUUGAUCAGAUUUCGCCGUCGAAUUUACAUAAUCAAGUUGAUACUGACAGGCUGAUACAAUCUUCGUUAAUUAUUGGCAGUUUGUACACCAAUAUAAACAUGGAACCAAAUCAUCAAUACCUAUUAAUCAAUGUACUUGAUGGCGUCGUUAAACGCUUAGUUGAGACUGCAACCGUCUGUAACUGUCAACGCGUCCUUGAGUACUUGUUCAGAUGUCUACGGAAUGCAUCUAUCUUCUACAAAACAAUCACCACCUUUUCGAAUAACAAUAGAGCCGGUAUCGACAAAGAUAGUAUGCAAAUCGAUGACGAUAUAUGCUCUAGGGCUGCAGCGCAACUCAAUAACAUUUUUUUUUCUCCGCACCUACCUAAUCUCCUCAAACAUCUCACAUCGUCUAAUAGAAAACUCGUCAUCAACUUGAUCACUUUGUUGACCACAGUGAAUGAUACUCGACACAAAGCAUCGCUUCUUUCCGUAGAGGGUCUGCUUGACCAUUUGGCUAAAUACAUCUAUUGCGAUGUACAAAAACUUCAAAUUGCAGCGCUCAAACUGCUUGGUUCCUUGUGCAAAGACUAUUCACCUGCGGUUUUAGCAUUUAGACAGGUACAAAUGAGAGCAAUACCAUCACUGACAAUAUUUUUUGAAUGCAAGAGUCCCCAAUUAAGACUUGAAGCAUGUAAAACACUAGUACACAUUAUCAAAAGUCAGCAAUCAGACCUUCUUAGACCCGAUGGACCCCCGACGAUCCAACUUAUAUCAACCAUUGAUAGGCCGAAAGCAUUGGAGUUAAUCGAGCAGCUGAUUCGACUACUUGAUGAAAACAUUGAGAUACAGAUACCGGCAUCAUCCAUCUUAGCGACUAUAUUGUCAGAUGCGACGGACUUAGAAGACCAUGCGUGCAAAUCAGGUAUACUCAACAAGCUGAAUGAUAUAUUUCAGACUUGUCUGCUGUAUGAAAAAGACGAGUACAACGUGGAAGGUAGUAAGCUAUCAGAAGACAACCUGAAAUUACAAGAAGGGAUUCUGAUGAUAGUUGCAGCGCUUGCACUUCAUUUAGAUGAAUUGAGAACAUUGAUCGUUGAUGCACAUUUAUUAAAAGCAAUCGCGGUAUCUUUACAACAUAAAGCCAAAGGUAUUCGAGGCUCAGCUGCACAGUGCAUCAGAGCACUGAGUAGAAGUGUAGGAGUGUUGCGUACAUCAUUGGUUGAUUCAGGUGUUGAAUUGACAUUAUUGAGCAUAAUCUCUAAUGAUGAGGAAAAUGAACGUAAUAAAGUGAUAGCCUUGAUGGCUUUAGCUAACUUAGUGUGCGGAUUCUCACCAUUAAAGCAAAAGUUAAUACAAAAUGGUGGAGUAAAGAUUCUAGUGAAACUUACGUACUCGAAAUCGCACAAGGUUAGAUUGAAUACUCUUUGGGCUAUUAAGAAUAUGGUUUUUGCUGCAUCGACAGAGUUGAAGAGGUUUAUUUGUGAUCAAAUUGGAUAUAAUCACUUCAAGAAGCUGUUGAAUGACAGCAAUAGCGAAGUUGUUGAGCAAGUUUUAUUUGUUUUGAGAAAUUUAGUUACAAGAGAAGUAGAUAUCAAUCUGGUUUGUAGUGGAUUUGGUGGAGAGGAUAAGUUUCUGGAGAUUAUUGAACAUAAGUUUCAAACAAAUCAAGUAGAGAUUUUAUUGCAAGCUGCGUAUGUUGUAAAUAAUGUCGCAACUGGCUCAUAUGAACAGAAGAAAACGUUGCUAUGGCGACCGCUUAUAUGCAGCAACUUGAAGCGAUUACUUACGCACUGGGAUGAGAGAGUUAGAGCUGCUGCUGUAUGGACACUUCGUAACCUUUCGAAUUCAAUUGAAGGUCAGCCCUACCAAGCUCGUAGUGAGAUACGUACACGUAUGCGUUUAUUGGAAUUCGAUAAAUCGCUCUUGACUUUGUCUCAGGAUAAAUUCUCCGUUAGUGAACCAGCAAGAUUAGCCUUAGAUGGCAUGAAUACGUAA